AUGGCCAAAAAAUUAUCCCCCAGAGCCCAAAGUGAGAGGCACCAGUCCCUGGGGACAUGGAUGGCCAAAAAAUAUCCCCCAGAGCCCAAAGUGAGAGGCGCCAGUCCCUGGGGACAUAGAUGGCCACAAAAAUAUCCCCUAGAGCCCAAAGUGAGAGGCACCAGUCCCUGGGGACAUGGAUGGCCAAGAAUAUAUCUAAAAAAACUAAAGAAAAGCCAACGUUUGCUCAACGCGCAUGUUUUGUGGACGCGUCUCUAUUGUCAACAUGUCUUUGUCACUUGCCAACAUUUGCUCAAUUUCAAUCUUUCGUCAACACGCAUUUUGUGGAUGCGCGUCUCUUUCAUUUCUGUUCUAUCUUUCGUCAACAUGCAUUUUGUGGACGCGCGUCUCUUGUCAACACGUCUCUUUAGUUUCUGUUCAAUCUUUCGUCAACACAUGUCUUGUGGACGCGCGUCUCUUGUCAAUGCUCUCUUUCGUUACUAUAAUAUAGCGGCAUUUGUGUUUGCCUCGCACUACACUCCACUGCAAGCCUUUUUCACCAGAGUCCCAACAUGCAAUGUGUUGAGAUCCAACUCCGAAACUGAUAUAAUAUAUAACCUCUAUGCACAAUACUAUUGUAUUCCGCAAGUGAGAAAACAAGUGAGUGGAUUGCCAGAGCAAUGCCGGUUGAGGAUGUCGCAAAAGUCUCUUAUCAGCUCUGAUAAGUUCUCUAUCAUGGCGCGCACCAAAAACACUGCAAAGAAGUGCACUGGUGGCUCAGCGCCACACGUACACCUCAACAUACUCAAGACCGCUGCCAAGAGCCUUUCUAGAGAGCCGGCUGGGGGCCAAAGUUUGGAGAUGUCCAAACCGGUUCAUCACAAUGAGUUGUGUAUCCUCUGCCGGGAUGGCUUUGCAUCAUUUAAAGAGAAUACACUCUUUAUGUGCAACCACUGCUCCAGAGUGAUGUGCCACCUGUGCAUGUGCCUCCCUCCAGGCACCAAAGACACGAUCCUCAAUGAGGAUGUGUCUUUUAAGUGCAUAUGUUGUCACAUCGCCCUGGAACAGCAGGGCGCACCGUACUAUGGCUUCUAUCACGCUAAUGGUGUCCUGGUCCUCAAGUCUUUUCUACAGGUCCACACUUCCCUCGAGCUCUCAUUGCGUGCUGAACUUUCAGUGGCACCAGUGAUAUUCAUUCACCUCAUCCUUGUCGACUUCGACACUACAGCCAGCCCUUUCUCCUUGGCUCAUUCAUUCCUUCAGCCCUACUUCACCAGCGGCGGCAUCAAAUAUCGCGAGAUCACCUACAACAUUGUCUCUGACAUGUCCAGUUAUCGCAAAACUGUCCAUCAAAUCAUCAAGGACCUCAAAAACUUUUUGGAUGGCAAGAAGCACUAUGCUGGUGCCCCAACUGAAGAUUUCUUGGAGGGUAUCCUUAGUCCAUGGCAAUCUCUCCUGGACCAUGCCGACGAAACCUACCUGUGGCUCUUGUGCUGCGGCGCAAUUGUCAACAACAGUGACUCAUUUACAGGAUUGCAACGUGCAGUAGUUCAUCACAAGCUCUCUGCCACAGUCACAUUCAACGCCGCACAUUUUCAACCAUCUUUUGCAUCCCAUUUGCUCCUGGCAUUCACUGAAAAAGUCCUUGUGGAAUGUUGCCCCAUUGGCCUCGCAUUUGGUGACAUGCUGGUGCAAGCUUACAAACUCGGUCGCCACACUGACGUCUUCUUACUGACACCACUUGUGGGUAGUCUGAAGGUCUCCAAGUUUGUAUGGGCUGAUGUCAAGUUCUGGCCUUGGGGUGGCUUCCUGCCAAUCCAAUGCCCAAGCUGUGGGUGGACUGAUUGUUGGAGGUCAGUCUUUGUGAGGGCUUGCAAGGAUAAGGUCUAUGUCUUUGACAAUGUGUUGAAUGAACACAAAGAUUCCUUUGUAGCAGCUAAAGGAAAUUCUGGCAUCAGGGCUCGCAUCCUCAAGACAAUCAAAGAUGCUAUAGGUAACAGUGAAGCAGCCAAAGACCCUUGUGUCAUGCUUCCUGAGAAAAAUCUGCACAAGGCUGUUCAUGCCUAUUAUUUGGACUUCCUGGAAGAUGAUGAGGAUCGCAAGGCAGAGGAAGAGAUUAUUGAGGGAGGAACUAAGGACACAUCUGCUCCAGAUGCUGUUACUAUAGAGAUGGUGAGACAGAGGGAAGAUGAUAAGCCUGAGGAUGCUGGGAAGUACAAGACAGAAUUCUCUGGUUUUGAUGUUGUCCAAAAAUUAUUUAAGGAUGAAUUUGCAGAAUAUGACAAGCAGCACAGAGAUACCUCCAACCCAAAGUAUAUGGGUCAGGGGACAAGAUUGGCCCACAUGUGGCACCAGGCCAUGUCCCCUGAGGUGAAGAAGGAGCUUGAAUACCAUACCCGUAACCAGAAAAAAAUAAUGGAGGACUUUAUGGACAUGGUCCGGAGAACCAUGAGAUUGCAUGUCGUCAUCCUUAUAGCCUAUGACCGAGCUGGGAGACUUCGCCAUAAAAGGCCAAAAAACCUUUUACUCAGGCGACCAAAGACAAUCGGAAAUGGGCAGAACAUGCUCAAGAUCAUCUUGCCAACUGGCUUCUCGAAGGAGAAUAUGGUUAGUGAUGAAGAGGACGACAAUGAAAAUAAUCUCCCAGAUCUCACUGUUGAGGUCGAUGAUGAUGGUUAUCCUUGCCUACCCACAGGCUUUGUAUGUCUCAAGCUCAAGCACAGGCAACAGCUUGUUCGGGCUGUCUUUCAAAAGGCCUACACUGUUAUUACCAACAAUCCCAGGGCUCUGGUGCCCUGGAGUGAGAUGUCGACUGAUCCCACUCACUACCUUGAUUCAGGAUGCAUUCCUGAGAAUGUUGUCAUCAGGGAUCCUUCCCACCUGCAAAAGGACACGAUCACUGCAAUAUACUCCCACUGGAAAGACCGUGCUAGUCAUGACAUGCCGAUUAAAGGAGCUGCAAAGGGCAAGUCAAGGGUGAAGCCUGCCUAUGUUGAAGUCUCUUCAGAUGAGGAAGGACUCUUGAACAAGGUCACCAAUGGUAAAAGCUCUUCAGAUGAAGAUGACGUCGAGGUGGAGACUCCGACCAUUCCUGAGUCCAGCCCCAAAUACCAUCUUGCUAGGGACAUGGUCCCUUACCUCAGGUCUCUCUCUACUGUCCCUUCAUAUCAUCGUCUUCUUACUGUGGUUCAGAAGCUUCUGCAAAGAACAGAUUCAAAGUCAAGGAAACAGCAUCUUCCUGUCUGGGCUUCUUGGACAUGGUCUCAGGCAUAUCUGCCUCAAGACAUCCAUGAGGAUAUGAAAAUUGCCUCAGUCACCCUGGAGCAUUUGAGUAACUACCAGUUUGAUUCUCGUGGAUGGGGCAUGGUUGUGGCCCUGGGACUUGGACUUCUACUUCGUGAGUGUCGUCGUGCUCAGGAGCAUGAAGCUGACGAAGCUGGAGAUGAUGUACCUGACUACUUGUGUAACUCUAUCUUGGGCAUCCAGAUGGGCAACAAGAUUGAGGAAAAGGUUGUAGAGAUAGGGGCAGAAGUAGAAGCCAUGCUGAAAGAUGAGAGCCUGGGGUUGUCUGUUGUGAGGAAAGACAUUGAGAAGAGGCGUUCAGAGGAGAAAAGGAAGUUGAAGGAGAAAAGGAGAGUCGAGGAGGAGAAGAGGGCUGAGGAGGAGAAGAGGGCUGAGGAGGAGAAGAGGGUCGAGGAAGAAGAAAGAUUGGCCAAGGAAGCAAGCAAGGUGGACAAGAGGGUGAAGAAAUCUAAUGCUAAAGGAAAGGGUAAGAGGCCUGCUGCAGAUGUGAAGGAACCAACCAAGAAAAAGGUGAAAGCUUCCCCUCCUGAUCCACCUCAUCGUUCUGCCAGAGACAAAGCACCUCCAAAGAAGUACAAUGUCUGA